UGGAAGCUGCAUCUUGUGUAUGGCGUGGUUAAGCUUGCAGCCUGUCACCUCAGCCUUCCUCCAUUUUGGGCUGGUUACUUUUGUGCUGUUUUUGCAUGGUUUGCAGGUGGAUGCUGGCCUGACGGGAGACUCAAGCAGUUCAGUACAAAACAGCUCGUGUUCAGGAUCUUUUGACUGCAAGGAAGGCGUUAUCCUGCCAAUAUGGUACCCAGAAAACCCAUCCCUUGGGGACAAAAUUGCCCGUGUUAUCGUCUACUUUGUAGCACUGAUCUACAUGUUCCUCGGAGUCUCCAUCAUUGCAGAUCGUUUCAUGGCAUCUAUAGAGGUCAUUACUUCACAAGAGAAAGAAAUCACAAUUAAGAAACCCAAUGGAGAGACCACCACGACCACCAUUAGGAUUUGGAACGAAACUGUUUCCAACUUGACCCUCAUGGCUCUGGGCUCCUCUGCUCCCGAGAUCCUUCUGUCUCUGAUAGAAGUGUGUGGGCACGGAUUUGUAGCUGGAGACCUGGGGCCAUCUACAAUUGUUGGCAGCGCUGCUUUCAAUAUGUUUAUCAUCAUUGCCAUCUGUGUCUAUGUGAUCCCUGAUGGGGAGACCAGAAAGAUAAAACACCUGAGGGUUUUCUUUGUCACAGCCGCGUGGAGCAUCUUUGCUUACAUCUGGUUGUACAUGAUCCUUGCUGUCUUCUCUCCAGGUGUGGUUCAGGUCUGGGAAGGUCUGCUGACGCUUUUCUUCUUUCCACUUUGUGUCCUUCUGGCUUGGAUAGCAGACAGGCGCAUGCUUUUCUACAAGUACAUGCACAAGAAGUACCGCACCGACAAGCACAGGGGCAUCAUCAUAGAGUCAGAAGGAGACCACCCUAAGGGGAUCGAGAUGGACGGCAAGAUGAUGAACUCCCACUUUCUAGAUGGAAACUUAGUGACUGUGGAGGGAAAGGAGGUGGACGAGUCUCGCAAAGAGAUGAUCCGGAUCCUGAAGGAGCUGAAGCAAAAGCACCCAGAAAAGGACUUGGACCAGCUGGUAGAGAUGGCCAACUACUACGCCUUGUCUCAUCAGCAAAAGAGCAGAGCCUUUUACCGCAUCCAGGCUACGAGAAUGAUGACAGGGGCUGGCAAUAUUCUGAAGAAGCACGCAGCUGAGCAAGCCAAGAAGAGCACCAGCUUGCACGAGGUGCGGCCAGAUGAGCCCGAGGAAUUCAUCUCCAAGGUUUAUUUCGACCCCUGCUCCUACCAGUGUCUAGAGAACUGCGGCGCUGUUCUGCUGACAGUGGUGCGGAAAGGAGGGGACGUGUCCAAGACCAUCUACGUGGACUAUAAAACAGAGGAUGGCUCUGCCAACGCUGGCGCUGACUAUGAGUUCACAGAGGGGACUGUUGUCUUGAAAUCUGGGGAGACCCAGAAGGAGUUCUCAGUGGGAAUUAUCGACGAUGACAUCUUUGAGGAAGAUGAGCAUUUCUUUGUGCGGCUCAGUAACCUCCGCGUGGUGGAGACUGAGGAAGCUCCUGAGCUCAGUAACUGCCCAUACCCAAAGGCCAUGUUGGCUUCUCCUUGUGUGGCCACAGUGACUAUACUGGAUGAUGACCAUGCUGGCAUCUUCACGUUUGAGUGCGAUGUCAUACAUGUCAGUGAGAGCAUUGGCGUGAUGGAGGUCAAAGUCCUAAGGACAUCAGGUGCUCGGGGUACAGUGAUAGUGCCAUUUAGGACAGUAGAAGGAACAGCAAAAGGAGGUGGAGAAGACUUUGAAGACUCCUAUGGGGAGUUGGAGUUCAAGAACGAUGAAACUGUCAAAACAGUUCACAUCAAGGUAAUUGAUGAUGAGGAGUAUGAAAAAACCAAGAGUUUCUUCAUUGAGCUGAUGAGUCCCCGUAUGGUGGAUAUGAGUUUACAGAAAGCCCUGCUGCUCACCCAAGAGGUGGCUGAGAGGAAGCUGACAGUUGAAGAGGAGGAAGCCAAGAGGAUUGCAGAGAUGGGCAAGCCAAUACUGGGCGAGCAUCCCAAGCUUGAAGUCAUCAUUGAGGAGUCCUAUGAGUUCAAGAACACCGUGGACAAGCUGAUUAAGAAGACAAACCUGGCUUUGGUUGUAGGGACACAUUCCUGGAGGGACCAGUUCAUGGAGGCCAUUACUGUCAGCGCAGCUGGGGAUGAGGACGAGGACGAGUCCGGUGAGGAGCGGCUGCCCUCCUGCUUUGACUACGUGAUGCACUUCCUGACGGUCUUCUGGAAGGUGCUGUUUGCUUGUGUGCCCCCCACCGAGUACUGCAACGGCUGGGCCUGCUUCGUGGUCUCCAUCCUCAUCAUCGGCAUGCUCACAGCCGUCAUUGGCGACCUCGCCUCGCACUUCGGCUGCACCAUUGGCCUCAAGGACUCGGUGACCGCCGUCGUCUUUGUCGCCUUCGGCACUUCUGUACCAGACACAUUUGCCAGCAAAGCCGCGGCCGUGCAGGACGUCUAUGCCGACGCUUCCAUCAGCAACGUCACCGGCAGCAACGCUGUCAACGUCUUCCUGGGCAUUGGGCUGGCGUGGUCAGUGGCAGCCAUCUACUGGGCCUCACAGGGGCAGGAGUUCCACGUGUCGGCGGGCACCCUGGCCUUCUCCGUCACUCUCUUCACCAUCUUCGCCUUCAUCUGCAUCAGUGUCCUCCUCUACCGCCGGCGGCCUCACCUCGGAGGGGAGCUGGGAGGUCCCCGGGGCUGCAAACUGGCCACGACAUUGCUCUUCGUCAGCCUGUGGCUGCUCUACAUCCUCUUCGCCACCCUGGAGGCUUACUGCUACAUCAAGGGGUUUUAGGUGGCGAAGGGAUGGUGCUGCCAGCGGGGAGAGACCCCCUCCUCUGUUACCUCACUGACGCCCGCCCUGGAAGCGCGGUUCCACCGGAGGGGAUGGCUGUCCAGCGACACCACCGCUGCCUGGGUGCUCGGAUAGCCACGUGCCAAGGAGGGCAAAACCAUCACAGAGCAACAGACAGACAAACCCCACCCCAAAACCAACCAAAAGCAAAGGAAGCAACAACGGCAAGUGUGGAACCAGCGCAAACCACACCGACCCCAGCCGCCGGGAUCGGGACGAUUCAGCCAUCUCCAGAGGCCACCUCUCCUGCAGGGGCUUUGUCUCCUUCCCCCCUGAGCACUCCUCCACUGCAAGGAGCUCUUUCCUCCUUUUUGUUGGCUGGGGAUUGCAGAGGUCUGAUCAGGAAUUUGUGGGGUCUCUUUCUUUCUUUUUGUCUCUCUGCCACUGCUUUUUGGGUCUGGGGGAGCACACUGCCUGCCGCACUUCCUCCUUUGCUUUCACUUGCCUUUUGCUUUCACUUCUGCUUUUGUCUUUCUCUCUUUUCCUUUUUCUUUUUUCUUUUCAUUUUAAAUUUUUAUUUUAUUUUCCUUUUUCUCUUUUCUUUUUUUAUUUUUUCUUUUUUCCUUUCUUUUUCUUCUUUCUUUUCCUUUUUCUUUUUCUAUUUUUUCUGGUUUUUCUAUUUUUUCUUUGUUG